ACUCUUCUUGAACCUAGAUGUGAAGAAGAGCUCUAAGUAGCUUAAAAGCUUGUCUGUCUUGCCAAAAGAAUCAUAGGGUCAAAAGAGACCAUGAAGGUCAAUACAGUUGGUUCAGUAAGAAAGAUCAAAGAGCCUCUCAAGGGUUUCUUUCAACUUCCUAACAAAGGACACAAAGAGAGAGAGGAAGAAAAAGAAGAUUCCAGUGGCCCCAAAUGCGGCGAACUAGGAAUCAUGGAUCUGAAAUUCAACUCCUCAAGGAAAUAUAUUUCAAUAAGUGUACCUUCAACGUCGCAAGCCAUGUCUCCUCAUAUCAAAUCAGUAGAUGAUGUACUAGUUCUUGGCAUGAAUCUCAGCAGAUUUAACAAACCCACUCAGUUUUUUAUUUGUGUUUCUGGAGUUUUUAUUUUUUAUCUAAUCUAUGGCUAUUUACAGGAACUGAUAUUUUCAGUGGAGGGAUUCAAGCCUUUUGGUUGGUACCUUACUUUAGUGCAAUUUGGAUUUUAUUCCAUUUUUGGACUAAUUGAACUACAGCUUAUUCAGGAUAAAAGGAGACGAAUUCCAGGCAAAACCUACAUGAUAAUAGCCUUUCUAACUGUAGGGACUAUGGGUUUAUCAAAUACCUCCCUAGGAUAUCUGAAUUAUCCUACUCAAGUCAUCUUUAAGUGCUGUAAACUGAUUCCUGUUAUGAUAGGAGGAGUCUUUAUACAAGGAAAACGUUAUAAUAUUGCAGAUGUGUCUGCUGCAAUGUGUAUGAGUCUUGGCCUCAUAUGGUUUACGUUAGCCGAUAGUACAGUUGCACCAAAUUUCAACUUGACAGGUGUGGUUCUUAUAUCCCUUGCUCUCUGUGCAGAUGCAGUGAUAGGAAAUGUGCAAGAAAAAGCUAUGAAGUUACAUAAUGGUUCCAAUUCAGAAAUGGUUCUGUAUUCUUAUUCAAUAGGUUUUGUGUAUAUUUUAUUGGGAUUGACAUGCACUAAUGGAUUAAGCCCUGCAGUAACAUUUUGUUCAAAGCAUCCAGUUCAGACUUACGGUUAUGCAUUCUUUUUUUCCCUGACUGGAUAUUUUGGAAUAUCCUUUGUUCUAGCUUUGAUUAAAAUCUUCGGUGCCCUUCUAGCUGUAACAGCCUGGGGCCUGCGGACUGUUUAAGAUUCCCAAUGGGAUUGUCACCUCCAUUUGAAAGACUGCGAGUGAAAGACUGAAAAUUGCUAAUUUAGUCUAUUAAUGUUUUGUCUGCCUAACGUUUUUAAUGGAGGAUGAUUCCAUUUUCAGGAGUAGUAUAUUUACAUAUCAGUAAUUUGUUUAGGCUUUAAAUCGUUUCUAAAUUAAAUGUAUUACUAGAAUGGCAGAUAUGACAAACCAUGAUUUACGGAUUACGAAUCUACUCUGGCAUACAUCUGCAUUCACUCAGCCAUCAUUAAGGUGGUCAUAAUAUUUUACAACGGUGUUACAUUAAUGUAGUAAAACUAGCUACAGCAAAAUUACAUUUAAAUGAACAUUAUUAACCUAUAUGAUCAUGACCUUGUAAGUCAGCUAUCACAGAAUCUGUUUGUAUAACAAGCUUGUCUCUUAUUUUGAAUGGGAAGGAGAGAUUCAUGUUUUUUUCUUUCAAUAUCCUAUUUCCAAAAUCCUUUAAAAAUUAGUGUUUCUUGUCAGUCAACUACCCAGAACAGUUCCAUUGUUUUUAAACAGAGAGACUUCUAGAUGGUAACAUUUCAUUUGUAAAUGUUUUGCAAAACUAAGUUGUGUUCCUGAUCCUCCUGUAGUAACCAUCAAAUGAGUCCCAAUUAUAUCAUAUGAUUACAGACCACUAAAAAGUGAUAAGUUUUUAAAUUGCUUAAUUACAAAUGCUAGAAGUCUGAACGAUAAGAUGGAUGAACUAAAGUGCUUUAUAUUAAAUGAGGAUAUCGAUAUAAUAGGCAUCACAGAAACUUGAUGGAAUGAGGUGGAAACUUGGUGGAAUAAUCAGUAGGGCACAGUAAUACCUAGAUGCAAGGAUAGAACAGGUCAUGUUGGUAGGGACGUGGUACUAUAUGGGAAAGAAAUAAUAUAAUUAAAUGAAGUAAAAAUCUGAAAUGAACCAUACUGUACCAUAGAACAUCUAUGGAUAAUAAUUACGUGUUCAAAUAAUAAUACAGCAGUAAAAAUAUUACCAACCACCUCACCAGGAUGGUGACAGUAACUCUGAAAUGCUCAAAAAUGUUAGAGAGGGUAUAAAAAUUAAUGGGGAUUUCAGCUAUCCCCAUAUUGACUGGGUACAGGUCACCAGUGUUCCCUUUAAGCUGUGCACUUGUGCAGCUGCCUGGGAGAAAUUAAAAUGCUACCCAGCUGAUUUUCAGAGCAUCCACAGCCAAGCUGUGUGUUUCUCUUAGUGGUGCACAUUUGCAUAUAAAUUUAUUCUGCAGAUGGAUGGAAAAAUCCACACAUAGAUAGAAAAGAUUGGAGGAAACAUUGCAUGUUAACUCAAGACAUGAUGCAGAGAUAGUUUAUUGACACCUUUAAAUGACGACUUCUUGCAGUAGAUAGUCCUAAACCCAAAAGAAGAGAGACAAUUCUUGAUUUAGUCCUAAGUAGUGCACGGAAUCUGUUUUAAGAAGUGACGAUAGCUGGAUAGUUUGAUAAUAGUGACCUUAAUAUAACUGAAUUUCACAUACCUGUGGUGGGGAAAAGACCAUAUCAGGUUUACACUUUAGCAUUUAAAUUUCAGAAAGGAGGACUACACAAAAAUGAGGGGGUUAAACAGAAAUUAAAAGGUAUUGUGUCAAAUGUGAAAACCCUACAAGCUACAUGGAAGCUUUUUAAAGCCACCAUAGAGGCGCAACUUAAAUGUAUAUCCCAAAUUAAAAAACAUAGUAAAGAGAACAAAAAUAAACCCACCAUGGCUAAACAAAGUAUAGAAGCAAUGAGAGAAAGUUAAAUCCUAUUAGGAAAAGAGAAGGGUGUAAACUCUAGUAAGUGAAAAUAUAAAAAUGUAUUUAUGAAAGCCCAAAACAAAAAUUUGAAAAACAGCUAGCCAAGGACUCAAAAACCAAAAAUGUUAAGUACAUCAGAAGCAUCUCUGGAUGAUCAAAAUACUAAAGGCACACUCAAGGAUGGCAAGGCACUGCAGAAUAACUAAAUGAACUAUUUGAAUUCGUCUCCAGGGCUGAGGAUGUCAGGGAGAUUCCCAAAGCUGAGCCAUUCUUUUUAGGUGACAUAUCUGAGGAUGGUUCCAGAUCGAUGUGUCAAAAGUUUCAGAAUAAAUUAAUAAACUAAACAAUAAUAAGUCAGAUGGUAUUCAUCAGAAGGAAUUCAAAUGUAAAAUUGCAACUAAUUAGGGUUUGUAAUCUAAUCCUUUCAAUUAGCUUUUGUACCAAAUGACUGGAGGAUAGCUAAUGUGCUGCCAAUUUUUAAAAUUGCUCCAGAGUUAAUCCUGUCUAUUACAAGCCAAUAAUCCUGACUUCAAUGUCCGGCAAAUUUGGGGGGAAGAGUCAACAUUUUUUAAAAGGAAAUCAUGCCUCUCUAAUCUACUAGAACUUUUUGAGAGGGUCAACGAGCAUGUAGACAAAAGGGAUCCAGUGGAUAUAGUGUACCUGAAUUUUAAGAGUGCCUUUGACAAUGUCACUCACCAAAGGCUCUUAAGCAAAGUAAGCUGUCAUGGGAUAAGAAGAAAGGUCAUCUCAUGGAUUGGUUGAAAGGUAAGAGAAACAGAACAGGAAUAAAUGGUCAGAUUUCAAAAUGGAGAGACAUAAAUAGUUAUCUUUAUUGGGAUUUCCUAAAUGAUCUGGAAAAAGAUGUAAACAGGGAGGUGGCAAAAUUUGCAGAUACAAAACUCCUCAACAUGAUAAAGAUCCAGGUAGACUAUGAAGAGCUACGAAAAGCUCUCACAAACCUGGAUGAUUGAGCAUCAAAAUGGCAGACAAAAUUCAGUGUUGAUAAAUGAAAAGUAAUGCAUAUUGCAAAACACAUGCCCAACUAUACAUAUAAAAUGAAUUAGCUAUUACCACUUAAAGAUCUUGGAGUCUUUGCGGCUAGUUCUCUGGAAAAAUCCACUCAAUAUACAGCAGCAGUCAGGAAAGCUAGUAGAACACUAAAAAUCAUUAAGAAAGGGAUAGAUAAGACAAAGUAUCAUAAUUCUAUAUAAAUCCAUGGUACGCCCACAUUUUCAAUACUGCACGCAAAUGAGUUCACCCCAUUUCAAAAAAGAUGUAUUGGAAUUGGGAAAAGUAUAGGGGGGAAAAAAGCAAUACAUUAUUAGGGGAAUGGAAUAGCUGCCAUAUGAGGAGAGAUUAAAAAGACUCCCUUCAGUUUGAAAAAGAAGCGGCUAAGAGGAGACAGAGAAGUCUAUACAAUCACCACUGUUUUGCAGAAAAUAAAUAAUGAAGUGUUAUUUAUGCCUUCUCAUAACACAAGAGCUAAGAGUUACCAAAUGAAAUUAAGAGGCAGCAGGUGGGAAAACAAAAGGAUUCACUAUUUCCACAACAGACGGUUCACCUGUGGAACUCCUUGCCAGAGGAUGUUUUAAAGACCAAAACUAUAACAUGGUUCAAAAAAGAACUAAGUAAGUUCAUGGAGGAUAGG